AUGCGGGACGGUUCCCGCGGCUGUCCCCACUCACCAUACCGUCCGGCCUUAUACAAACCUGGAAUUGUCAAGACAAUCCGCCUCGAAAAUUGUGGAAUGGAGGAUUGUCAAACUGAAGUGUUGUCGCUAAUUUCCUACUCCAGUAACCAUCUUUGGCUACUAAAGCUACAUAUUCAGAUAUUCUCUCCUGUACAUGUAUCUGUUCUGUCAUUGAAUAGAGGAGUAAAAGAGCAAGAAAAUGUUGGCGAUGUAGUUGGUGGCGGUGAGUGGUUUGGUGAAGUUACCUCUGCCUCUAAAAGAAGAAUGAAUGACAAAAAAAACACUCAAGCAGAUUCUCAAGCCUUCCUCUUCAACACUGAUAAGAAACAUGGCUGUCAUUUACUUCUAGAAGAGGUAGAUGAUGCAUUAUACUACUACAACAAAUGCUUGGAGUCUGAGGAAAUCAUUUGUUUGGAUAGGAGAAUGACAAUUGAAGCUGUGGAUGGCCUACACAAGGCACAGAGGAAAUUGGUGGUGCUAGGGUGCUAUUGUAAGAAAAAAACAAGGCGGGAACUCUAUGACAACGGUUUUGUUGCGUCGAAAAUUGUGCCUGGAGCUGCAGCCACUGAAAUUGAAUUAGCAAGAAAACUGAAGGAGUUUUCUUUCUCAGAGACAGGAUUAGAUCAAUAUGUAAUUGGAAAUUUUACAGAGAGCUUUGAAAUGAUACCAAAAACAUUAGCUGAGAAUGUCAAAGUUGGUAUAGAUUUAGAGGAAGGAGCAUGUAAGGAUGUCUCCACAUUGAAGGAAAUCAUAUCAUUAUUUCUUGUGUUGUGCUUACUGGGUAGAUGAUACUGAAUAGCUCUUGAAUUAGAAGAGGAAAGAAAGCUCAAGCUGAAAGAGAUAAGAUGCUGCAAAUGCAAGAGUUGCAUUCUUCAUUUCAAUUGUUAGUAUGAAAC